CGGGUGGAGAGAGGCAUGGAAUUUGAACCCAAAAAGGGCAAAAGAGGUUUUGUUUCUCCAAUCAAACGCCUGGUUUUUCCUAAAGCGGCACGUAAGCAGGCUGAGAAAAAUAGUCUGUACCGAAGACCCCUUCACUCUGUACCUCUUUACCCACCAGACUAUUUCAUUGACCCAGAGAGGCUACUCCAUGACUAUGUCGAGAAAGAAGUUAAAUUUUUGGGCCACUUAACAUGGGUAUCAUGCUCUUUAAAUCCUUCCAGUCGAGAUGAACUUCUGCAACUCCUAGACACUGCCAGGAAACUGAAAGAACUGCCACUUCAUACAACAUCUGAGCAAGACAGCAUCUUGAGCCUGUCAGCGCGCUGCUUGCUUCUCACCUGGAGAGACAAUGAAGAGCUCAUUCUGAGGAUCCCGACGCAUGAAAUUGCUGCAGCCUCCUAUCUACGUGACGAUGCAUUGCAUCUGCUUGUUCUAAAAACAGGGUUGGGAGUGGACCCAGUGCCUGCAGUUGGAAGUUUGGAACACCCAAGUGGCAGUUUGGAGAAGAAGCAAGGUGGUAGUAGUAUUGAAAAAAGGAGGCAAACGGUUAGUAAUAUGGAUCGCCGACCUGCAGGAGGUACCAUGGAGCGAAGACACACUAUCUGUAGUUUAGACUGGAAGAUGUCUGGCAACCAUGAGCAAAAGCAGACAGGGGGUAGCUUAGAGAGGAAGACUCCUGGUGGCAACCUAGAGCAUAAACAGGUAGGUGGAAGCUGGGAAAGAAGGCAAACCCGAAAAACUGGUGGCAGCUGGGAGCGCAGGCCUGUUAGUGGAAGUUGGGAACGGAGAAACACUGGAAACGUUGGUGGAAGUUGGGAGCGGAGGUACACAGGAAAGACUGGUGGAAGUUGGGAAAAGAAACACACCUAUGGAGGAAGCUGGGAACGAAGGCAGACAUAUAGUGGAAGCUGGGAAAGAGGCAAAUCAUAUGGAAGCUGGGAGAGACGCAAUGCUGAGAUUAAUCCACUAGACCCUCAGAAGCCAACCCCAAGCCCAGAUGCAUAUUGUAACUUGGUUAUUCUGGCUGUUGCCAACAAGGAUGCAGCAGAGGAAUACUGUGCUUUGAUAUGCCAAGUGUUUCAGAUCAUCUAUGGUGAUCAGACAAUAGAGUGUGUAGACCGUGCAGGAUACCACUAUUCUUCUACGGCUGAUCGCCGAUGGCUCCUGCAGAGAAGUGACAGCCGAAUGACAGAUUUGACAUAUGGCUAUGAUGCUGACUUCAGCUGCUGCAGUUCUUUCAAUGGUUCUCAGGAGACUUUUGAUCCAUACUACAGUGAAAACUACAGUGAAAAUUCGUCCAUGUCCUUCAGGCAGUCUCGACACAGUUUGGCAACACUUUGUAGUGAGAGCGAUCAGAGCAGCGUUGGUGUGGAAUUACUGCAAGAAUACAUGAACACUCUGAGAAGCAAGCUUACUCCACCAGAAAUUCAGCACUUUGCUCUCCUUUUGCGUGAAUACAGAAUGGGAGCACCCAUUGAGGAUUACUGUUCAGAACUCCUCCGACUCUAUGGUGAGAAGAGGAAAUUCCUUCUGUUGGGUAUGAGGCCCUUCAUCCCCGACAAUGAUGUGGGGAUGUUUGAAAGUUUCCUUGAAAGCAUUGGGAUCCGGGAAGGUGGAAUCUUGACAGAUAGCUUUGGUCGAAUUAAACGCAGCAUGAGCAACACCUCUGCCUCAGCAGUGCGAAGUUAUGACAGCUGGUCAUUACACUCAGAAUCUGAAAACUUCAACAGAAUGAUCACAGACAUCACACAUGACAUUGAAGCUUUGGGCUGUGAAGAAGAAGAUGACAUUGAAGAAGAGGAUAAUUAUUUGUGAUGGUGACUUUUGUAUCCACACAAAACAUAAAAAGCAUCAUUGUGAGCAAAAAAAUAAAAAGUAAAACAAAAGCAUGUUGUUCAGGCCUAGAGAGGCUAUGAAGAAAAAUCCAAUUCUUUUGUGCAGGAGACAAUAAGGUCUUUGAUAAUGUUUUCUGCCCUGAACUGUUAUUCAAGUAUGAAAAAAAAAACAGUACAAUUUUUGACUCCCAGCAUCUUUACCAGUUUAAUGUAAACUGAUAGGGAGUCUGGCCUCUGAAGAUAGCUUCUCAGCUAUUCCCAGCCGAACAUAAAGAUUUCCAUGCACUAACCUAAAUUCAUAUCUUUUCCCAUCAUUCCUGAAGAAUGAAAGGAGACGACAACAUCUUUGCUUUCUCUGGCACAGAGUAUUACUCAGCAUUAACUUCUGUAGGUUUUUUUUUAUUUUUUACUGAAGGGGAAGCAUCAAUUUUAUUUCACUUAUGGUGUGAGAGAGAGUGUCGACCUUGUUGAGAGGUUUACUUACCUUGGCAGUGACAUUCAUGUCUCUGGUGACUCUUCCUAUGAAGUCAGUAGACGAAUUGGGAGAGCAUGGGGGUUCAUGAGAUCGCUGGAAAGGGGUGUGUGGCGCUCCUGAUAUCUAUGCAAAAAGAUGAAGGUCCAAGUCUUUAGAGUCCUGGUGCUUCCUGUCUUGCUAUAUGGUUGUGAGACAUGGACACUAUCCAGUGACCCGAGAUGAAGACUGGACUCCUUUGGUACUGUGUCUCUCCGGAAAAUCCUUGGGUACCGUUGGCUUGACUUUGUGUCAAAUGAGUGGUUGCUCAUGGAGUCCCGAAUGAGGCACAUUACCUGCAUUGUGAAGGAGCAUCAGUUACGGCACUACGGCCAUGAGGCGCAUUUCCCCGAGGGUGAUCCGGCUCGUAAGAUCCUCAUUGUUGGGGACCCGAGUGGCCGGACCAGGCCAAGGGGUCACCCACAUAACUCCUGGCUGCGGCAGAUAGAGGGUCAUUUCCGGAGGGUGGGACUGGACCGCGUGUCUGCCUGGGGGGUUGCAAACCAGGAUCCCAAGUUGUUUCGUCAUGUAGUGGGUGUGGCAACGCACUGCACCAAUGCAUGCUCCCCAACUUGACUUGACUUGACUUAUGGUGUGAAUCAAUCCAUCUUUCCUUUACAAACACCAGAGAAGGGGUCUUUUAACUCUUCACUGGUGAAGUAAUAAGGUUCAGAGAAAUUGGGACAGAACCAUUUUACCAAGUGAAAAAUGAAUGAAUGUUUUGAUCAAAUAGAUUUUGCCAAAAUGAAAUCAUUUUUGAAGCAUGAAAAUAAAAAGAGCAUUAUUGUUGUCACAAUAUAUGAAUGGGUGAAAUAGUGUUACUAUCACAAGUUGUUCUCAUGCUAGUGGAUUUGCAACAGGUUUCACUUCAGGAAAGGGGCUGUGAAAGCUGAACCUCAUGCCAUACACUUCCUCUUAAAUGACAAAUGGUAGUCUGAGAAUUGCUGGGGGAUGAAAUGUCAUUGAACAUCUGCAGCUGAAUAAAAUCACAAACAACAAGAGAAAUCAGCAUCCCAAUUAUUAUGCCUAUUUUAGUAGCAAUAAUUGUAAGGCAAGAAGUAGCCCCGGAUGGCAUACUUUUUCAUCACACUCACCACAGUACAUCAUCUUCUAAGCCUGCUUAAUCCUAUCGCAGCAAGCACAGGGUGCAGGACAGGAACAAUCUCUAGACAGGGUGCCAGUCCAUCACAAGGUGAUUAUACCCACCCCAAAAAAUAAUUUUAUUUCGUUGUUGUCAACAUUUACAACAUCUGACAAAGUGAUCUGAAUGUACAUUUGAAAUUAAAUUUCAUCACACAUGAUUCAAUAUUAAGACAAAAAUGAUAGAUAAUGUUUUAUUUGUCCCAAGGGGGAAUUUAGCAUAUAUAUUAAUUAUUUAAUAUGCAUUAAUAUAGCCUACCCACACUCAAUCAUAUUGGCUGUUUUCAUUUGUUUACUUUUUAUUUGGUUAGAAUGACCAGGUUAUGUACCGGUAAUCUCAUUUUAAUAAGUUCAUAGUAACAUCAUGCUUCACAUUUUAGGUAAUAUGGCCUUGAGUUUAGAUCUGAAACCAGGAGAAUUCAGGUUCAAGUUCCACCUCUUGCUCACUUAACUAAAACUCCUUGUUAUGACACUUGGUGUUUCUAUACUGCAUUCUGUGUUACAUUCUGUUUAUUUUCUAUAAUAUGAUCCUAAUUAUACAAUUCAAAGGUUCUGUGUUCACUAUGCUCCUUACUAGAAUAAUGAAUUGGCUCCAUUCUAUACCAUUAUAUUUUUAUAGGAUAAUUUUGAUCCCUUCAUUCACUGAAUUAAGAACUCCAUUUUGUCUAGGGAGACACAGUGCCCAAUUAUUUAGUCCUAGUACCUUGUGAAUACUGACUUUGAAUCCUAUACUCAUUCUCUGUAUUGUAUUUUACAUUGCGUUUGCCUGUUCUUACACUGUCAGUGACUUUCUCACUGGCCAGUGAAUUACAUGUUAGGUUAAUUGGUAACUCUAAAUUGACCCAUAUAGUUUGUUUAUGAGUGGGUGAUGUUAAUAUUGCUUGGAAUGGCUCCAGUGCAUGCAUGACCCUGAAUUGGAUUAAGCAGGUUUAUUAAUGUUAUAAUUCAUAUUCCUACCUGCCGGGAUGAGGCUGUCAGCGAUUCUCCCUUCACAAAAUGUAUAUAUUUGCUCUGUGUGUACAGUCUGCAAUAUCUGCAUAGAUGUUACAAUGGCAUAGAAUCUAUAAUUACAAACAAUAAAAAUAGAAUAGAUCUUGAGUGUUUUGUCAAG